AUGCUGAAGAGGCCAAAUACACCAACAAUGAAAUCCAUAAGAAACUUCCCGUUCUCGAAACUCCUGUUUAAGCUGACGAAGCUGACGAUAAUCUUUCAAGUACUGUACAUAUACUUCACUCCUAAGGUAGAAGACCUGAACAAAGAGAACUUGACGAAACUGCUACCUACCCAUGACAACUUUGGUGUGUUGAAUCUGGUGAUUGCACACCCAGAUGAUGAAAUUAUGUUCUUUUCCCCAACUAUACUGCAACUAAUCGAUCAUGUCCAGGAACUCAACGUUGUCUGUCUGUCAAAUGGUGAUGCCGAUGGACUCGGCGAACUAAGAGCGAAAGAACUGAAAGACGCUAUCGGGUAUUUGACUGUAAACAGGAACCUCAGAAAUGUGUCCCUUAACAUCCUCGAUUACACCGAUGGCCAAAACGAAGUUUGGUCUGGUGUCGCCACAGAUUUGAAGAAAUAUAUCUUGACCUCCGAACCUGGUGUCAAACAGAAAGAUAUCAUCUUGACCUUUGAUAGGGAAGGUAUCUCUGGUCACAGGAAUCACAUUGCCUGUAACGAAGGCGUUAUCUCCUACCUCAAGACCAUCAAAUCAAACAGCUUUGUUUUCUUGGAAUUGAAAUCAUUGUCCACAUGGCAAAUCAUAAGCAAAUACUCCGGUGUUGUCCCAAAAUUGUUAGAAAUCAUCUAUAACAAGAUCAGAGCCAGCAAUAAAACCUUCGUGUCAUACUUACCUAAUAGAGAUUCUAUUGCCACAGACAGUAACGUGUGCUUUAUAAGCACUUUUGACCAAUAUGCUCUCUCCUUUGCCGCAAUGUGCUACGCCCACAAAUCCCAGAUGGUCUGGUUUAGGUACUUAUGGUGGUCAUUCUCAAGAUACGUAUUUGUGAAUGACCUAUCACGUAUCACUGUUUAG